AUGCAAAGUGUUGGAGCAUCCAGUGAAGCACACGGCUGCCACAUGAAGAAGCUGCAGCCACUGUCACGGCAUGAAGAAGAAGCAGCUGGUCCAGCAGAGGCAGCAGUUCACGGCUGGCUGGAAGAAAGAAGCAAGGUGCUGCAUGGUGAUGGAGGUGCAGCUGGUUCAGAAAAGCAAGAGAAGAAUUGGAGGAAGCAUGGGAGGUUUGGGGUUCCGAAGGCAAUAAUUAGUGAUCAAGGCACACACUUCUGCAAUCAGCUCAUAGCAACACUUCUGAGCAGAUAUGGAGUCAAACAUAAGGUGUCUACACCUUACCACCCACAAAUAAAUGGGCAGGUAGAGGUGUUUAACAUAGAAGUAAAGAAGCUGCUCCAAAAACUGGUCCAGCCAAAUAGGAAGAAUUGGAGUGAGUUGCUAGAUGAAGCAUUAUGGGCACAAAGGACAGCAUACCGUACACCUCUUGGGAUGUCACCUUUCAGGAUAGUAUUUGGUAAAUCAUGCCAUUUACUAGUAGAGAUUGAACACAAGGCAUUCUGGGCUGUUAAGAGGUGCAAUUUGGAGUAUAAUGAAGCUGGGAAGCAGAGGAAAUUGCAGCUACAAGAGCUGGAUGAAAUCAGGCUGGAGGCUUAUGAGAACUCAAGGUUUUAUAAAGAGAAAGUGAAGAGGUUUCAUGGUAUGAAUAUAUCAAGGAAAGAGUUCAGCAUUAGGCAGAAAGUGCUCCUGUACAACUCCAAGAUGAAGCUGAUAGCUGGCAAGCUUAGAUCAAAAUGGGAAGGUCCAUAUAUAAUAGUCAAAAUAUUCCCAAAUGGGGCAGUGGAGAUUAGGAAACCAGAGGCUGAUAAGUCAUUCACGGUCAAUGGUCAUCAAUUAAAAAUCUUCCAGGAGAAGCAGCCUUUAGAAAAUGAGAAAAGUACAUUGCAGUUCAAUGAUCCAGUUCUAGAAAAUCUACCUUGA